CAAUGCCUUCCGGGUUGCUACUGAACACAGCACUUUUGCACUGCUCCUUGACCCUUGACCUGGAUCAACAGCCCGAGGCACCAGGCGCCAUUGCGGUCUCCACUGCCGUCUUCCGGUAGCUGUUCGUGCGGGUGUGGCUUCAGGCACUGCCUCAGAGUCUGACUGGACAGAGCCAGGAGCUGGUCCUAUCUGGUUCCUCAGCUCCUCCUCCCUCUCUAAAAGUGACUGUGAGGCUCCAGCAGCCACUUUCGCCAGCUCCACCGCUCGCAUAACAGGUGUUGCCUACUAGCUCCUGCCUGCCGACGUCUGAGUGCUCUUGCUGCCAUGGCCGAUUCUGUUCCACAGAUGCCUCAGAGUUACCUGAACGAGUGCAUCGCUGCCAUCAACUCUCAGAUCCAGCUGCAGCUGUAUGCCACUUACAUCUACCUCUCCAUGGCCUACUUCUGCAAUCAAGAGGAAGUGGCCCUGGGGUUCUUCGCUCUCUUCUUCCUCCGUCAGUCACAGAAGUGGAUGGAACGUACUGAGGUACUCUUCCACCUGCUGACCGAGCGCCGUGGCUCCCUUACCCUCGGGAGAAUUGCUGAUCAAGACCGCCACAACUGGAUGGAUGGCCUCAUGGCGAUGGAGUGUGCUUUCCACCUGGAGAAGACGCUCAACCAGAGCCUCCUACAGCUGUACCAACUGGCUAGCAAUCAAGGUGAUACCUACCUGUGCAACCUCCUAAAGCGCCAUUUUCUCCAGCAGCAGGUCGAAGUCCUGAAGGAGAUGGGUGGCUACUUGACCAACUUGCGUCAGAUGGGGGCUCCGGAAAAUCGCCUGGCUGAGUACCUCUUCGACAAGCUCACUCUGGCAGAUAGCACCAAGGAGGACUGAACUGGGACUGUCCCUGCUAUGGUGGGGGGGGUCUUGCUCAGAUCAUCAAGCUAGGUGUUCACAUGGAAACUUCCAGAAGUUUUCCUAAUGUUUCUGUUUGGCUUUGUUCCAAUAAAUUUGUUUGUUUC